CCAUCUCCAAUCCCCUACUUCGCUAUCUUGUUCCGGCCUAGCUCUGCUUGUUGUUGUUGUCUUUGCUCCCCGGCAUCGCCUCGCUCUGUCGUUGCUCAGCUCUCGAAUUUUUCUCCGUUUUUUUCACGUUUUUCUUACGUUGAAAAAUGGCUUCCUGCGCUGCAUCCAUGACAGGGGUGGCUGCCUCCAGCCUCUCCCUCAAGGCUAACUUCUCCGGCCUGAGGCGCGGAACUAAGGUGGACUCCAUCGCCAUGAGUCGGAGUUCCUCCUUCGCUAGCAAGACCGCCAUCGCUAAGUCGUCCGGCAAAGUCACUUGCGAGGCCAACACUGCUCUGACGAUCACCCUCAGCACUGGCGCCCUGUUGUUCCUCGGCCGCUUUGUCUUCCUCCCCUUCCAGAGGGACAAUGUCUCGAGGCAAGGACUGCCCGUGCAGAACGGAGUGACUCACUUCGACGCCGGUGACAGCCGUGCUCAGGAGGUGACCAGCUUUUUGAAGACCAACGACCCCGCUGGCUUCACCAUCGUAGAUGUGUUGGCAUGGGGUGCCUUGGGCCACGCUGUCGGCUUCUUCAUCCUGGCAACCAUCAACAAUGGUUACAACCCCCAGUUCUAGACUCUGUAUCAGUCGACUCUUCUUGAGUGUGGGUGUAAUUCCUCCCAUAACCUAGUUCUGCCCUCAGCUAAGAUUGAAGACCAAGAUUCUGUAAAUUGAAAAAGUUUUGUUUCUACUCAUGUCUCUUUUCGCAUCUUGGUGAUCUUAAUGUCAAUUCUAUCCAGCGAUCAGCCUGGCUUGAUUGUCUUUA